GCUUUGCCAGCUUUGCCAGUCGCGAAGACCCGGAAGAGCACGAGUGCACCGCCAGGCAAGUCAUUGACCACGCCCGGCACACCACGAAGCGGUCUUCGGGCGCCUUCUUCGACACUUCUACCACCACCACCGACUCCAGCCCCAACUGCGGCUUUGCCAAUGCCAAGGAGUCUUGCUACGCCAAAUGGCAAGACGCUUCGAAAAUCGGUCAGCAUCAACUCUUUUCCUCAACCACCAAAGGGUGACUCUAGAGUCACCAGUCUUCCGCCUAGUCCCUUGUCAACCGGACUAUCGAAAUCCAAUUCAACUCGCAAAUCACGAACGCCUACCGGAACACCUAGGAUAGGGACCAUAUCUCAUGGUACGCCGAGUUUUUUGAAUGGCGGUGGUGACAAGGCCGUAUUGAGUGCUGCGAAUGUGAGGAAUUCCGACGGACUGAUAAGUGUUGCUUCUCCACCACAGAGCAGGAGUUCCUCAGCACAAGACUCUUAUUCCACAUCUGCCACGACCUACGAUGACACGCCAGCUGAGGGAGGUACUAGCGCCAUCAGUGACAGGCGUACGUCUAAACAAGCGGACGGCAAAGGCAAUGUCGUCGUGAGCGUGCGCGUUAGACCUGACGCAGGGUCUAACGAGAGUGGCCGUGUUGAGGGCGAGUGGCUGGUUGAUGGGAGAAGAUCACUAGUAUCGUAUCGUGGUAAAGACGGUGGCGACCACUUCUUUGACAAUGUUUUUGCCACACACGACGACAAUAGCAGGGUUUACGACCAUACCGCAAAACGCCUGGUUCGCAGGGUGAUGGAAGGCUACCAUGGUACAGUAUUUGCUUAUGGUAUGACUGGUACAGGCAAGACGUUUUCCAUGCAAGGCACAGCAUCUUCGCCAGGAGUUAUACCACUUGCUAUCACCGAUAUAUUCUCAUACAUUAGAGAGACUCCAUCUCGGGAAUUCUUGCUCAGAGUCAGCUACCUGGAGAUCUACAACGAGAGGAUACACGACCUCCUAAGCAUGCCGACUGGCACCGGCGCAGGAGCAGGUUCACAGGAAGAGAUCAAGCUGCGUGAGGACAGUAAACGAGGUGUCUAUGCGAGUCCUCUGAAGGAAGAGAUUGUGCAAAGCCCCACCCAGCUAUUACGUGUGAUUGCUCGGGGCGAUCAAGCCCGCAGGACAGCCAGUACGCAGUUCAAUGCGAGGAGUUCCCGCAGUCAUGCCGUUGUUCAGAUAGUCGUUGAGAGCAGAGAGCGCAUGCCGGGUGGUCCGGCUGAGAACAAGCGGUCCGGUCUGGCUCCCGGCGGGGUGCGUGUGUCGACAUUGAGUCUGAUUGAUCUGGCUGGGUCAGAAAAAGCUGCUGAAUCGAAGGAACGUCGACAAGAAGGAUCUCAUAUCAACAAGAGUUUGUUGACCCUCGGCACUGUAAUCUCAAAGCUCUCAGAUGCCAAGGAUAAAGAUGCGAAGCACCACCUCCCGUAUAGAGACAGCAAGUUGACUCGAUUGCUGCAGGGUGCACUUUCUGGAAAUUCCCUAGUCAGCAUCCUUUGUACAAUUCAGAUUGGAUCGGCGGGUAGCUCUGCAUCAGGGAGCAAUCAUACUCUUGAGACAUUGAACACGUUGAAGUUUGCUUCCCGAGCAAAAAAUAGCAUCGUGAGUCAUGCCAAGCGCGCAGAGGAAUCGCUAGGCGCUGGUGGCGAUGGUGGCGCUAGGGUCUUGCUUGAACGAUAUCGAAUGGAGAUUGUUGAGCUCAAACGCCAGCUUGACACGCAGGCUAAGGGCAACUCUUCUUCGACUGAGAUCGAGGAGAAGGUAAUAGACGAAGAGGAAGAACGCACACGAGAAAAGGAGGCCGAGGCUCGACACGAAGAGCAGAUGCUAGAAAUGCAGCUUGCCCGAACUGCCCUCAAGGAGCGGAUUGACCACCUCAACAAACUCAUUCUGAGCUCCAAGUCUAUUGGCGUCAACACAAGCGGCACGUACAGUGCGUUAGGAAUGCAUUCGGGUCAGCGCUUCUCACAAAUAUCCUUGGCACCUUCCAACAGGACAUCGAUCGCGACUUCGAUCGGUGGCCGCUCACAAAUGGACCGAACCGCUUCAAUGACGUCUUCGUCAUCCACCAUCGGGCGCAGGUCAAACACACAGAGGCACUCGAGCAGCACCGAACAAGUGGCAGUUGAUGACGAAGACAGCGUGGGCGAGUACGGUGAUGGCAUUGCCUCGCUAGCAGCACAGAACCAGGCUUUGCAAGCCGACCUUACUGAUAAGAACCGAUAUAUUGCGACUCUUGAGAAGCGUCUGCUACAAGCGCGCAGAGCAAGUUCCUCGAGGACAUCAGUAGGAUUCGCUGCGCCUAGCAAAGGUAUUAUGGUUGGGGAAGAUCAUAGUGUUUCUACCGCAAUGAGGGAAAAGGACGCAGAAAUUGCUGAGUUGAGGGCGCGAUUAGAUGACAAGGAUCGUAUGCUGGCGGCUCUCCGCACCGCUACGCGCUCGAGGGACGCAGCAGAAGCGAGUCCACCUCCAGAAGGUGCGCUUCCAGAUCCGCCCAGUAUCACUCGCAAGAGUAUUUCACCGGGACCUGACGGAAGGAAAAAGAAGAAUGUGGAUGAGAUGUCUCGGAUUCUCGAUGAAAUGAUUCAAGAAAAAGUGGAAAGCGGCCACGUUGUCAGGGGCGUUCGAGGCAGUGUUCGUCUUGCUCAUGACACGCGCAAAACUGACACGCUCGAACGACCGCCGACUGACAUAGAGCCACUUAGGGAAAGCCCG